GGAACUCCGGUUAACAAGGUGGCCAUGAACACUAUAAAAGGACCCCUCGUUUCCUCCAUUAUAUCAUCACUUCUGUUAUCUUUUCUUUCUCCGAAUAAAUCCUCUAGUUGAUGGUCUUCUAUAAUUAAGUUCAUUUUCAGCUCCUUUAGGCUUUUUUAUCUGAGAGAUGGCAGCAAACGGGAACGGAGAGAUGGCGAUGAAUGGGAAAGGAGCUGCAACGGCAAGAAAACCGAAGGGACUCCUGCCAAGUAUCACCACAAGUGACAAGCAUCAUGAUGUCUGCCAUGAUAUGAGCGCACCAACCGUGAAGGCCCAGACAAUUGACGAGCUCCACUCUCUUCAAAAGAAGAAAUCAGCACCCACUACUCCCAUUAAAGGGUUUCAGAGUACCUUUGCUGCUCUCUCCGAAGAAGAACGCCAGAAACAGCAGCUCCAGUCCAUCAGUGCAUCUUUGGCAUCGUUGACGAGAGAAACAGGACCGAAAGUGGUGAGAGGAGACCCUGCUAGCAAGAGCCAGACCAGCCCAAGGGUUCACCAGCAACAUGUAGCUGAACCCGCCAUCAGCGCCAGCGACAGCUCCUUGAAGUUCACUCACGUCCUCUACAACCUCUCCCCUGCCGAGCUUUAUGAGCAGGCCAUACACUAUGAGAAAGGGUCCUUCAUAACAUCAACUGGUGCAUUGGCUACCCUUUCCGGUGCCAAAACUGGUCGGGCUCCGAGAGAUAAACGUGUUGUCAAGGAUGAUGUUACCGGAGAAGAGCUUUGGUGGGGAAAGGGUUCACCCAACAUUGAAAUGGACGAGCAUACCUUCAUGGUUAACAGAGAAAGAGCUGUUGAUUACUUGAAUUCUCUGGACAAGGUCUUUGUGAACGAUCAAUUCUUGAACUGGGACCCUGAGAACAGAAUCAAAGUCCGGAUUGUUUCUGCCAGAGCCUACCAUUCACUCUUCAUGCACAACAUGUGUAUCCGGCCCACUCCUGAAGAGCUGGAGGAUUUCGGUACUCCGGACUUCACUAUAUACAAUGCAGGCCAGUUCCCAUGUAAUCGUUAUACACACUACAUGACAUCCUCUACUAGUAUAGAUCUGAACCUUGCUAGAAGGGAAAUGGUCAUCCUCGGCACACAGUACGCCGGGGAAAUGAAGAAGGGUCUGUUCAGUGUAAUGCAUUAUCUCAUGCCUAAGCGUCGAAUCCUCUCCUUACAUUCUGGCUGCAAUAUGGGAAAAGAUGGAGAUGUUGCCCUCUUCUUUGGACUGUCAGGUACCGGGAAGACAACUCUGUCUACUGAUCCAAACAGAUAUCUAAUUGGAGAUGACGAGCAUUGCUGGACUGAGACCGGAGUGUCAAAUAUUGAAGGCGGAUGCUAUGCCAAAUGCAUUGAUCUCUCAAGGGAGAAGGAGCCUGAAAUCUGGAAUGCCAUCAAGUUUGGAACUGUGCUGGAAAACGUGGUGUUCGAGGAGCACACUCGAGAGGUGGAUUAUGCUGAUAAAUCCGUUACAGAGAACACUCGAGCAUCCUACCCUAUCGAGUACAUUCCUAAUGCGAAGAUACCAUGUGUUGGUCCGCACCCAAAGAAUGUUAUCCUUUUGGCAUGUGAUGCAUUUGGUGUACUCCCACCAGUGAGCAAGCUGAACUUGGCACAGACCAUGUAUCAUUUCAUCAGUGGCUAUACCGCUUUGGUGGCUGGCACAGAAGAGGGUGUGAAGGAGCCAAGGGCAACAUUCUCAGCUUGCUUUGGUGCAGCAUUUAUAAUGAUGCACCCUACCAAAUAUGCAGCUAUGCUGGCUGAGAAGAUGCAGAAGCAUGGUGCAACAGGAUGGCUUGUCAACACUGGCUGGUCAGGUGGAAGCUAUGGUUCAGGAAGCCGUAUCAAGUUAGCAUACACAAGGAAAAUCAUUGAUGCCAUACAUUCUGGCAGUCUCUUGAAGGCAGAAUACAAGAAAACUAAGGUGUUUGGGCUAGAGAUCCCCACCGAGGUUGAGGGAGUGCCCUCUGAAAUCCUGGAUCCAGUGAACACUUGGUCAAACAAGCUAGGCUACGAGGAUACCCUGAUGAAGCUGGCAGGUUUGUUCAAGAAUAACUUUGAGACAUUCACUGAUCACAAGAUUGGAAAGGGCAACGAGCUCACAGAAGAGAUCCUCGCAGCCGGUCCAAAUUUCUAAUUUCUAGUCAAUCGAGAAGAAGAUUAUAUCUGUAUUACGAAUAAUACUUGGUUGAGAAAAGUGUGAUAUUGUUUGUUAUGAUGAUGAUGAUGAUAUGUAGUUGUUUCAAUAGUUAAAUCAUAAUCAAAUAUUUACAUGCA